AUGCGUAUUCUCUUCCUACUGCAUCCAUUCUCUUCAUCCCCUUUGGAGCGCCGCGUGAGCUCCGGUCAUGCCAGUAGUAGCGGCCACAGCGGAGGUGGUGGUGGCGGAGGCUCCAGAUCAGGAUCUUCAAGCGGGGCUCGCGGCGGGUUUGGGGGAUCAUACGGUUCUCAUGGCUCUGAGGUAUCGACACCUCACGUCAUGGGCGGUAAAUCCAGCGCUUCUACGUACAGCAAUGGAGGCGGCAAGGCGACGAAAGCCAGCAGCGGCGCUUUCAAAGGGAGCUUGCUCGGCGGAGGCACGCGCUCCGACAUAUAUGGGACGAGAGUCUACGGUAGUGGUUACCCAAAGGGUUACCAAAGCCACGAUCUUCCGUACUACUAUUAUCCCGUUGUCUGGGGCGCUGGGGCUGCGGCCGCCGGCGCGGCAACUUAUCCUCUCUAUCUGAAUCGCACGGCGGAAUACGGACAGCCUACGAAUAGCUCCCGACCAGGAGGGCAUCUCAUGCAGAUCACGCUGCAAUCCCGGCUCGCUACAAACAGCAGCACAUUCCAUUUCAUCUCAGACAAUACUACGGUGCAGGCAAUUCUGCCCAUCCUCCGAUCCUACUGCUCACUUUACGGAUGGGUCGACACGAACACGUCUUCGUCCGCACCCUAUGCCUAUACUGGCGUAAACGCGAGCGAUCCGCUCCCUACCGAUGCUGUGCAAUACUACCGCUCAAGCACUGCAGUGUUGACUCUGGAUGGAUACAAUAACACGAUUGUACUGAGUUCUACACCAAAUGCGACGGCUCAGCCACUGCCUACGAAUGUGGACCGCGUCACAUUGGGCUGUUUAAACGACACCAUCGGUGCCGCGAUCCCGCUCAUCAAUCCACCUGCAGGCCUCUCCACCGGCGCUAUCUUCGGGAUUGUACUGGGCAGCCUGAUUGGUUUCUUUGGCUGCUUGCUUCCCUGCCUGAUUGCCUGUGUCAAAUGCUGCUGCUGUUGCGACAUCAGGCGUGAGAGCCGGCAGGAGAGGAAAUGGAGAAAAGAGCGCGAACGUUGGGAGAAGGCCCACCCCUUACCACAAUAUAUCGCGCCACCCAGGCCCGAGGUUAUCCGAAUGGAGACACUGCCUAUUCCGGUCGCAACUGUGAAUCAGAAUCAGGAUGUUCCGAAGGUGGCGACCGUUGCAUUGUCAGAAAGCGACGACGAAGGACACGCUGAUUUGACCUCGGAUACAAACCGCACGCCGCCGUCUGGUUCGGGAGGUUACGCCAUGAUUGAAGGAACAUGCAUCAUGACCAUGAAGCAUAACCGCACCAUCAUCUGA